AUGAAUCAUCUUGGCAACAACACCAACAACGAUCGGCCUAUAAUACUUCCUCCAAUAUCGUCACUCGAUGUACGAUUCAACAGCAACACCAAUGUCACAACAUCACUACCAUCUCCACCUAUGACGACAGCUGUUGUUCAACCACCUCUUGCUUGCUUUGAUCAACAACAACAUCAUUAUUACCCCUCUUCUGCUGCUGCACCUUAUAUCCAACCAAAGCCAACUCUCAACACAAAAGAAUUAGCUAGCCAUCGUCGAAUGCAAGAAGACAUGGAUCAUAUUGCCAAGCAUUGUCUUACGAUUCAUGAUACGGUGCGACAGCAACGUUCGACAACUACAGAGCUGAACAACGGCCAUCAACCUUGGGUGGAUGAUAUGAUCACGGAAGCCAAUGAGCUGCUGAAUGCCUUAUUGAGGAUACAAAAGCAGCAGCUAUUUUCUCAGCAACAGGCUACACCCUAUCUCCCAGCCGUUGUCAUCAAUAAACAACAAGACGAUGAUGAUGUAUCAAGUAAUAACAGCAGCAGCAAUAAUAACAACAAUGACGAGAUGACUUCGCAACGCCGAAAGCGUAGGAAACGAGCUCCUUUUCAGGGACGGUGCCAUGCUUGUAAUAGCUCCGAGACUCCCGAAUGGCGCCGUGGUCCGGAUGGUGCACGCACACUCUGCAAUGCUUGUGGGCUUCAUUACGCCAAAAUGGAGCGUAAACGAGCAGCAGCAGCAGCAGCAGCAGCAGUAAAAGACCAACAACCCUCUCAGCAAUACCAUAAGAAUGGCAUGUCAUCACCCUUCUCAUCUGCUAGCAGCACAAGUGAUGGGUCGGUCCAUGACGAUAUUGUCUUGACACCUUAA